CCCGGGCCGGUGCCGGCGGCAGCUUCAUCCUCCUGCUCCUCAUUCUCCUCCCUGCGGCUAUCUGACGCUGAGGAUCUUCAAAAUGGCAUUGGCAGCAAUUGAUCCACAGCAGAACGUUGUCUCGAGGGUUGUCAACCUCCCCYUGGUGAGCUCCACCUACGACAUGGUGUCCUCUGCUUACACGGCCACGAAGGACAACCAUCCCUACCUGAAGUCUGUGUGCGAGAUGGCGGAGAAGGGYGUGAAGACCAUUACCUCGGUGGCCAUGACGGGUGCCAUGCCCAUCAUCCAGAAGCUGGAACCGCAGAUUGUAGUUGCCAACAACUAUGCGUGUAUGGGUCUAGACAAAAUUGAAGAGAAGCUGCCUAUACUGAAUCAACCCAGUGACAAGGUUGUUGCCAAUGCCAAGGAUGUAGUUGUUGGAGCCCGGGAAGCUGUAACAACCACUGUGACUGGUGCCAAGGAAACUGUUACCCACAAAAUUACUGGAGUUGUGGGCAAGACUAAAGAAGCAGUGCAAGACAGCGUAGAAAUGACUAAAUCAGUUGUCAAUGGCAGCAUUAACACUGUCCUGGGGAGUCGUGUGGUGCAAAUCGUUAGCAGUGGAGUGGAUACCGCACUCACUAAGUCAGAGACCUUUGUAGACCAGUAUCUCCCACUUACAGAACAGGAGAUAGAGCAAGAAGCUGCAAAAGUUGAAGGAUUUGAAGUUGGAGUUCAAAAGCCAAGUUACUAUGUUAGACUAGGCUCCCUAUCUUCAAAGGUCCGUGCACGUGCCUACCAACAAGCCUUAAACAAAGUUAGAGAUGCUAAGCAAAAAAGCCAGGAGACAAUCUCUCAGCUCAACCACACUGUUAAUCUGAUCGAGUAUGCCAGAAAGAACAUGAAUAGUGCCAAUCAGAAACUUCUUGAUGCUCAGGAAAAACUAUAUCAAUCCUGGGUAGAAUGGAAGAAAAAUACAGGCCAAAAUGAUGGUGAUGAAUCGCAUAGCGCUGAGCACAUUGAGUCAAGAACUCUAGCUAUUGCGCGAAGCCUCACUCAGCAGCUGCAGACCACCUGCCUCACCCUGGUCUCCAGCAUACAGGGGCUUCCACAGAAUGUGCAGGACCAGGUUUACAGUGUUGGGUCAAUGGCAGGUGAUGUCUACCAGAGCUUUCGGUCAGCAUCUUCCUUCCAAGAACUGUCAGACAGCUUCCUUACCACUAGCAAAGGACAGCUGAAGAAAAUGAAGGAGUCUCUGGAUGAUGUGAUGGAUUAUCUGGUUAACAACACACCGCUUAAUUGGCUGGUUCCAGAUUUCACAAUUACAGACUUAUCUUCAGAGUCAGAUGAUAUCCCAGACAUUUUGGAUUUGGAUGAAGAAGAUCAACAAGACUUUUCACGCACAAAUGGUCCUUUCACUGCAGGACAAAGAGCUGAAUAACUACAGGGGAUAAAAAUGUUUUCUUUUUUUUCUGAUUGUUUUGUCACAAUGCUUAUUUAACUUAUGUAAAGAUGAAUCUACCUAGCUCUGGRUUUUUGUUUUCCAGGUUGUGUUGUGUGUUUUUCUUAAAUUAUUUGUUUUUCUGAACCAGUACUGUUUCACUUAGCAUCAUCAAAAUUCGGAUUUUUUUCCCUCUAAGGAAUGCAUGCUAGGUUAACUCAAUAGCAUGUGUGUCAAAGUCCUACCCAGGAAGAGAGAUAGCAUAAUUGAUAUAUCCUAAUCUUUGCUAACGGUUUGUAUYAGUAGCUGUUCUCCUGGCAGCAGUAGCCAAGGAAACACACCAGUGCUCUGCAAAAAAGCUGCCAACAAAAGGAGCUGACUAGAACAUAUGGGCAAAAUUUUCCCUCUCAGCCUAUAUGUAAAGUGCUUCUGCAUCUACCUCUGCUGCUGGAAGGGGUAAAAGGACUUUGGCCGACUCCAAUUCUCUCAGGUGAUUCUUGCUGGCCUCUGCAUCUGGCUGGAGUGCUUUGCACAUGCAAGGGCUCCGCUCCCCUCCACACGCCUCCCACGUGCAACAAUAUUGGCCAUCGUGAUGCUAUGAGCAGUGGGGCCUGAAACUAGAAGAAAUGAUCUUAAAAAUCGUACAGGAAUAAGGAUGACACUGGAAAAAGCAAGGAAAAGGAAAAGGAAAGAUGCAAACAGAUGUGGGAUAAAUGCACAUUCAAAGAAAGAGUGACAAAAGGAAGUUAAUUGAAAGUGGUCAUUUAUUUGGCAACAGUGGACAUCUUUGAAUGUAUCUGAGUUAAAUAUUUGCUAAGAAUUGCCGAAUCUGCACACGCUUGCACACCAUACAAUUUCAGUAGGAGAUGGGGAUACUUAGGAACUUGACUAGAGGCAAAUUGUCUAUGUUUCCAUGUGCUCGUGCCGAGCUCCAACGCAGCAAUCCUGCCAGUGUCCUUGGGAUGGCUGUCGGAGAUCUGGGGAUGAUACAUGGUGCUACUUUUGUACACCUGCUCAUUCUGCGUAGAAACGUUUCGUGGCCAGCUAGAGCUGUCAGAUU